AUGGCAAAUGAUUUAGGAGAAAUAUCAAAUAAACAAAAGGGUUAUAUGGAAAAUAAUGAGAAAAAUAUUGAAAAGAAUAAUGAAAUAAAUAAUGAAGUGACAUAUAAAAUGAUUAAUGAAAUAAAAAAUGAUAUUGUAAGAAAUAAUAUGGUUAAAGAAGGAAAUAAAAAUAUUAAUAAAAAACAUAAUGAGAGUAAUGUUAAUAUAGUAGGUAAUAAAAAAUAUGAAUCUCAUAUUAAUAUGAAAAACAAAUCUGAUGAAGAAAAAUGUAAAGCAUUUUUCAAACAAGAGCUUUGUUUAAAAAAUGUAUUACGUAACAGAUUUUUAAAAAGUAAAAGUAAUAAAUGUUAUGAGAAUGGUAAUAACAAUGAUAUGAAUAAUAAUGAUGAUAAUAAUGAUGAUAAUAAUAAUGAUGAUAAUAAUAAUGAUGAUAAUAAUGAUGAUAAUAAUGAUGAUAAUAAUAAUGAUGAUAAUAAUAAUGAUGAUGCUUUUUAUACUUGUACUAAUACAUCUAUUGAUAAAGAGAUUAAUAAUAAUAAUGUGAAAAAUAAAAAACUGAAAGAAUGCAUAAAUAAUGAAGAGAAAAUACCUUCUGAAGUUGAAUGUGCUAUAUGUAUGAAAUUAUUAAUUGUUCCUGUUACCAUACCAUGUGGUCAUAAUUUUUGUAGAGAUUGUAUUGAGAAAGCAAAAGAAUAUAAAAAUUUGUGUCCAUUAUGUAGAUCUAAUAUGGGUGAUAAAAAGAAUAUCAACCUUUUAUUAGGAGAAUUAAUAAAACAAAAAUAUCCUUUAACAUAUUCGAAAAGGUUAGAAGAAAUCGAAAAUUUGAAAUUAGAACAAGAAAAAAAAGUAAUAAAAGAAAGAAUUAAUGCUAUUAAUAAUUCAUCUAUUAUUCCAAUAUUUAAAGCACCAUUAAUAUUUGGUCCAUAUUUCCCAGGAGAAGUUUUUGAUAUAAAUAUUUAUAAUAAACGAUUUAUAGAUUUAAUAUAUUUUAUAUCUAAUGAAGGUACAUUUGCUAUUACAUCAAGCAAAGAAAAAAAUGAUGAACAAAAGUUAUAUGGAAUACAUGUUAAAAUUUUAGAACAAAAAAAAAGUAAUCAAGUUUUCUAUUUAAAAUGUAUAGCUAAUUUUAGAGUACUAUUAUAUAACAUAACUCUUUUUACAGAUUAUGGAAAUUUUGUGGGAUUGCAUUCUCCAUUGUUUGAUGAAAAUAUAUCCAUCAACUUUUUAAAUUCUUAUAUUAUAAAUAAUACAACUGUUCAUACGGAUAGUACAAAUAUUACAUAUGGUAAUUAUAAUAAUGAGCAAGAUGUUGGUUUGUCUAAUAAUACCAAUAUUGGGGGGAAGGAAAAAAUUCGAGACUUAAAAAAAUUAUUAUACCAAAUUGAAGUAGAAGAAGAUAUUAAUUUAAUUUCUUACUAUUAUGAACAGUAUAAAAAUAUAACAAAUAUGGGUGAAUUUAUAGACAAUAAUAAUAAUAAUAAUGAUGACAAUAAUAAUAAUGAUGAUGAUAAUAAUAAUACUAAUAAUAGUAAUAAUAAUAAUAAUAAUAAUAAUAGUAAUAAUAAUAAUAAUAAUAUAACGAAUAUUGUUAAAUACCAUUGUUGUAUUAUAUUAUCCAAAAUAUGUUUAUUAUGUAUUAAAAAUCAACUUAAUCGUUUUGGAAGUGCAGGAGUUAUGUUAUUUAAUACAAAAUUUAGAAAUAUAAAAUUAACAUCUUCUGAACCUUCAAAGGAAGAAUUAGAAAAAUUUUCCUAUUCUUUAAGUUGUGCUAUUAUUUCAAGAUCUGUACUAAAGUGGAAAUGGUUCAAAAUUACAGAUACAUAUGAAAGAUUAGAAAGUAUAACACAAUAUUUCUUAAAAAAAAAAAAUAAAAGUAUUCUUGCUUUAGAUAAUUCAAGAUCUCCAUUAAUACAUAGAUUCUUUAUGUUAGAUUCCAUAUCUUCUUCUUUAAUCAUACUUGUUUUUUUUUUAAUUAUUAUUUGUAUAAAAUAUUUUAUAUAUUAA